GGGCGGGGCUUCGCGUCGGCUCCGCCCAUCCCUCCCGGUUGUCAUAGUGAGGCUGCAACCACUGAGACUCCGGAUCCCAACGUCUGGAAACUAUUAUAGAAGCAGGCGCCAUGCAGUACACUGGGAGCCAAUAUAUCGGGGACUUUGUAGAUGGGAGGAUGGAGGGCCAUGCCGAAUACAUCCUGCCCACUGAAACGAGAUACGUCGGGGAGAUGAAGGACGGCAUGUUUCACGGCGAGGGGACCCUGUACUUCCCCAGCGGGAGCCGCUAUGACGCCGUCUGGGAAAACGGAUUGGUCGUGAAGGGCAAGUACACCUUCGCAGACGGGCUGCAGUACGAAGCGAAGAACUGGCAUUACUGCGACGGCUACGACCGGAGGUUUUACACCGAGAUCUGCAAUGGCUUGAAGCCUGCAGGUAUCUCUCAACUCACCAAUAUGGACCCACCUAGAAAAAUCCCCAAGGGCUCUUAUGACUGUGGAGACGGCUUCUACAACCCGUUCACGAGGGUAAUCAAGGACUACCAGGGUCGCUUCCUGAGGAAUGCAGAUGACGAUGAGCAUGAGUGGAUUGUCCGUACCUGUCGGAGGGGCUAGGACGAGAUCGUGGGUCACAGGCCCAAGCUGUGAACGCUGCAGCUGCCCCCACCGGACCCGAGGUCUCCAUCUGCCCUGCUGGCAUUGGCUAGCCCAGGGGUGGAGGCAGGGGUGUGUAUGUGUAGUUCUAGAACCUGGCUUUCGACUCAGGAAUAAAGAAAGGCAUUCUGCAGUCAGCCCCCCUUA